AUGCCUCCUCCCGUUGGCAGAUAUGGGCCAUCUGGCCUGAGUGCCCCAUACAACAUACAGCAAGCUCACCUUCAAUCCCAACACCCCGCACACACACAGUCUGCCAACACACUACCGCCCCCUUCGCUUGGUCAUCCUGGCUUUGCGGGCAAUCCGAAUACCAACAUCAACCCUUUCACAUUAUCUGGCGGAAUUGCAAACGGCAUGGCAGUAGCUGGCUUUCCGGGAGCUGGUGCAGGGGAUGGUGGUGGUACCGGUCUGGCGAGUCAUGCAGCACAGAUGGGAUUCGCGCGCGGUGCGCAAAUGCAACAGCAGCAAUUACAUCAGGGCCAUGACGGCCGAUUAUCACUCGAGGCAAAGGCUGGUGCAGUUAAAUCAAGAAUCAGAGAUGUCUGGAAGCACAAUCUGGCCCACGAAAUGGCGGUGUUGAGACAGUUGGUUGACAAGUACCCUUAUAUCAGCAUGGAUACUGAGUUUCCUGGUAUUGUUGCACGGCCUAUUGGAUCAUUCUCGAACAAAGCAGACUACCAUUAUCAAACUCUCCGAUGCAAUGUCGACCUUCUAAAGAUGAUUCAACUAGGCAUCACUUUAUUCAAUGAUGAAGGAGAAGUUCCCCCAGCAUCAGGUACAGAUGCCAAUGGUCAGGCGUAUGGCGUACCCGCACCCUGCACAUGGCAGUUCAACUUCCGGUUUUCACUCGAGGGAGACAUGUACGCCCAGGAGUCAACAACCAUGCUCGCCAAAUCCGGGAUCGACUUCGCUAUGCACGAGAAGAACGGUAUCGAUCCUUUCGAGUUCGGUGCUCUAUUGAUUAGCUCCGGUUUAGUGCUGUUGGAUGAUGUCCACUGGGUUUCUUUCCACUCUGGUUACGACUUUGGUUAUUUGAUGAAGAUCAUGCUUUGCUCUCAGCUUCCAGAGAACGAGGAAGAGUUCCACAAGCUUCUUACCAUUUUCUUCCCUUCUCUCUACGAUAUCAAGUACUUGAUGAAGCACGCUGGGCGCAAUCAAGCCGUUAACGGUUCUCCCCUCACCCCGGCCGCAGCACAGAUUCUGACCAACUUGGGCCAAAAAUCCGGUUUGCAAGACAUUGCCGACGAGCUCGGUGUCAAACGCGUUGGAAUUGCCCAUCAGGCCGGUUCGGACUCCCUAGUAACAGGCGAGAUUUACUGGAAGACGCGCCAGCUCAUCUUCGGGGGCGCAAUCGAUGAUAGCAAAUAUUCUGGCCAAAUCUGGGGUCUCAACGGACAAAUGCCCGCGGUGGCGUAUAACAUGGCCCAGCAAACGCCGAAUCUCAAUGGCGCCACUAUUUACUCAAGCGGCACUCCCAGUACCCCCAAUACAGGGUCUCAAGGGGCUGGUGCCCACACCCCUCAGCACCAUGGACCUGGCUACAAUGCCCCGACCCCCGGAGCCUAUCAAAUGGGCCGGGCAUAA